UCUUAUGUCUUUUCUCUUUGUUCCUGUAUCUAUUUGCCUGCUAAUUUCCCCAUCCAUUAACUCAUUGCCCAUUUAGUAUUAAAUGUCAAUUACUUCAAAUUUUUAUCAAACAAGAAGUACCAAACCUAAAUGCACCAUAGACCCCACGUUCUGCUUUGUGGGUCCCUUUUUAACUUCCAUUUCCAUACCCAUACCCAUUUUUUGUUUUUUUCUUUUCUUAAAUGUUGUAGAGAUUGUAAUAGGUGUAUUGGGUUUUAGCUGAAUUUUUCCUUUUUCUUUGUCAUCUAUCUAUUUUCCUGCUAAUUUUCCUAACCAUCCACUCAUUUCCCAUUAAAUGAGUACAAAUUUUGAUUAAACAAGAACUACCAGACUUUCCAUGUUCUGUAGACCCCACAUAUGAUUUGUGGGUUUCUUUUUGUUUUGUUCUUAAAUUUUAUGUGAGAGUGAUAAUUGUAUUGUUGGGUUUUAGCUGAAUCAGUCUACUGGGUUCUAUUACUGAAAUUUGGUCAUUGAAGUAGAAUAGUUUUGCAGCGGUAAGCUUAUUCGUUGGUCAUUCUGAGUGUUGAUUCGUGAGAAUAAAAAGUGUGUUGUUUUAGCUGGAUUAGUCUACAGGGUUCUACUACUGAAAUUUGGUCAUUAAGCUUAUUUGUUGGUCAUUCUGAGUGUUGAAUCUUGAAAAGGGGUCAAAGUUGUAAGACAUUCUUUAUUGAAGUCAUGGUGUCAAUUGUGGAAACUUUCUGGGUGUCACCUUAUUCUUCUUUGAAGUCAAGGCAUAAGCCUCAGUUUAAAAUUCGGGUUCAGAGUUCAGGUAGUGGGGAUUCAAUGGUGGUGUCUCCGGUUGCUGUUAAUGGAGUUUCUUUUGUUGGGGAGAAAGAGAGAAUUGAGACUUUGACUGAUGUGGGGAAUGGGAGAUUGGGUUUGAGAGUUAGAGAGAGCAAGAAGCGGGAGGAGGAUGUUGCUCCAGAAAAAUUGGAGGCGUUGUGGGAUGAUGGAUAUGGGACUCAGACGGUGAAAGAUUACCUUGAUGCUGCCAAGGAGAUAAUUAAGCCCGAUGGCGGGCCACCUCGGUGGUUUUGCCCUAUCGAAUGUGGACAGCCAUUAAAAGAUUCACCAGUUCUUCUGUUCUUGCCGGGAAUGGAUGGACUUGGAUUGGGCCUCAUUUUGCACCAUAAAGCUCUUGGGAAAGUUUUUGAUGUUCGGUGCAUGCACAUUCCUGUUUAUGAUCGAACACCAUUUGAAGACUUGGUGAGAUUUGUUGAAGCAACUGUGAGGUUUGAGCAUGCUUCAUCACCAAAUAAGCCAAUUUAUCUGGUGGGAGAUUCCUUUGGAGGAUGUCUAGCACUCGCCGUUGCUGCUCGUAAUCCUAGCACGGACCUAGUAGUAAUAUUAGCUAAUCCAGCUACGUCAUUCGGCAGAUCGCAGCUACAACCUUUUCUCCCUCUUUUAGAGGCGUUGCCUGAUGGACUCCAUAAUACCAUCCCUUAUCUUCUUAGCUUUGUUAUGGGUGAUCCAGUGAAGAUGGCAAUGGUCAAUGUCGAGAGUGCACUUCCUCCUGCUCUAGUACUUGAACAAUUGUCUGGCAACCUUACUGCUUUGCUUCCACGUCUUUCUGGCUUGGCUGAUAUUAUACCCAAGGAAACUCUUCUUUGGAGGCUGAAGCUAAUUAAAUCAGCCGCGGCUUAUGCUAAUUCCCGCCUCCAUGCCAUCACAGCUGAAGUACUUGUGCUUGCGAGGCCUGUCCAGGAGGUGGUCAUAUGGUGCAUUUUAUUGGCUGUUGCCUGGAAGCUAAUUUACCCGUUAGCUGGGUCUGAGCACCAACUUACAGGGUUGAUGGUGUAUUUACAUUUUAGUGGCAAGGAUAGCAUGCUGCCUAGUGGAGAUGAAGCUCAACGGCUUUCAAGUUCACUACAGAACUGCAAAAUUCGGUAUUUUAAAGACAAUGGGCAUACCAUUUUAUUGGAAGAAGGUGUUAAUCUGUUGACUAUGAUUAAAGCUACUUGCAUGUAUCGUCGUUCAAGAAGGCGUGAUUAUGUAUUGGAUUUUUUGCCUCCUAGCAUCUCAGAAUUCGAAGGGGCACUUGAAAGCAACAGAUUAUUUCGCUUAGCUAUUAGUCCAGUGAUGUUUUCAACUUUGGAAGACGGAAAGAUAGUGAGAAGUCUUGCUGGGGUUCCAAAUGAAGGACCUGUCUUAUUAGUUGGUUAUCAUAUGUUGAUGGGAUUUGAGCUUGUUCCACUUAUUGAAGAAUUCUUGAUAGAGAAGAAUAUACUUGUUCGUGGUAUAGCACAUCCGCAGUUAUUUACGGAGCAGGCUAAAGGUCAAUCCAAUGAGUUCUCUUACUCUGAUUCGAUCAGAUUGUUUGGUGGAACACCUGUCUCACCAAGCAACCUUUUCAAAUUGCUAUCUACAAAAUCACAUGUGCUGCUUUACCCUGGUGGGGUACGUGAGGCUCUCCAUCGUAAGGGUGAAACAUACAAGUUAUUUUGGCCUGAACAGCCUGAGUUCGUUAGGAUGGCAGCAAGGUUUGGGGCCACCAUUGUACCAUUUGGAGUUAUUGGAGAAGAUGACAUAGCAGAAUUAGUACUUGAUCACAACGACCUGAUGAGAAUCCCGGUAGUUAAUGACUUCAUUAGAAAAAGUAAUCAAGAGGCUAUAAGAUUGAGGCCCACAACGGAUGGUGAGAUUCACAACCAAGAUAUGUUUCUUCCGGGCAUUUUGCCCAAGGUACCCGGUCGCUUUUACUAUCUUUUUGGAAAGCCAAUACCAACAAAGGGAAAGAAAGAGAUGCUGAAAGACAAACGAAAUGCAAAAGAAUUAUAUUUGCAGAUAAAAUCCGAGGUUGAACGCAAUAUUGCUUAUUUGAUUAAGAAGAGGGAAAAGGACCCUUAUAGGGGUGUCAUUGAAAGAACUGUAUAUCGGGCAACUUCCGCUCCCACAGAUCAAGUCCCAACAUUUGAACCAGAACAACUGGUUUAAAAUGGUAGAUCAUUUUAUUUUUAUGUAUGAUAAUAGUUAUCCAUAAUACAAUAUAGUUAUAUUCAUCA